AUGGAUAACGUAGUCAUUUUUUUCAAAAAAGCAGGAUUACUACGGUGUGACGUGGGCGCUGUUAGCGAGACUAGCGGCGUUACGACACAAGUCUGUGAUGUUGUCAACACCAGUCGUCUGACUUCUGCUCCCGUCAGUGAUUCUUGUUACGCCAGUCGUCUGCCUACCGCUCCUGUUAUGAUACNCAGUGAGGCCCUCAAUACCGCUCACCCGAACGCCUCUCCUAACAGUGAGGCCCUCAAUACCGCUCACCCGAACGCCUCUCCUAACAGUGAGGCCCUCAAUACCGCUCACCCGAACGCCUCUCCUAACAGUGAGGCCCUCAAUACCGCUCACCCGAACGCCUCUCCUAACAGUGAGGCCCUCAAUACCGCUCACCCGAACGCCUCUCCUAACAGUGAGGCCCUCAAUACCACUCACCCGAACGCCUCUCCUAACAGUGAGGCUCUCAAUACCACUCACCCGAACGCCUCUCCUAAUACUGAGGCCCUCAAUACCACUGCCUUGUAUGCUUCACCUUCUCCUCCGGCACCUCUUCAUUUUCCACUCCGGGCCGAAGCCGUGACGCUGUUGGACGGUUCGAGCACCGACGCCUUACCGACCUUCGCCCCGCUCGAUGCAGCUGAUCCUGUACCUCCGUCUUCAGCCCCUCCUCCAUUGCUCGCGGGUCCACAACCAGCGAGUGCCCCCAUGUCCAUUGUCACAUCCAGAAAUAGCAAUUCUUCCAGUGGAAAAAUCAUAACCGUAACUCGCAAUAGUUUUCUUCAAUUCGUCAAGGAUCAGCCUUUACGCUCAUCUGCAAAUUCUGCUUCUUCAGCUUCUAUCAAAAAUCUACAACCGCUCGAGAGCGCUUCUAACGAAGGGCAUUUCGCAGUUGAGCGGAACAGUAUUAGUUACGAUGGGGAUCUUGCACAAACUGAUAUCUUGCCCACGUCCAUGAAUAACCGCGAGAAAAGUAAAGGAAAAGAGAGUCCCUGUCUGGGUGAGGAUGCCAACAACUCUGUUCCAAACAGUGACUCGCCCGAUAGUUUUCUCUUACAGUCCAAUUUGGGAGCAACUACCAGCGAUGCAUUCUCUGGUUUAGAACAUGAAUUUUCUGCUGUAGAUAUCAAUUCUGCCUCAAGUGAGAUGCCUGCCUCUUCGUUGUCUAGGGAAAAAGCUGCUCCGAUGUCCAUACGACCUGCGGUGUCUAUUAAUUCUGACCGAUGUUUGGAACUGCCGCACCCUAUACCGGAUUCAAUUAUUUCCGGUCAACUGGAUUCUGAUGCUCAAUCUCAUCAUAAUAGAUUGUGCACUUCACCGGCAACACCUGGAAUGACUUUACUCCAAGAGGAGUCAGCAAGUGGAGCCCCAGCUUCUAUUCCACUUCUUGGGUGCGUUCUGCGUGAUGAUGUUCUGGGUUCAUCUGAACCUCCUCAAUACUUCGAUGCCAGAAAUGUACCUUCACUGGCAGUUUUAUCUCAGGACUUAUGUGCCAAGUACUCCAAUUACCAGACAUAUUCUGAUAGCAGCCAACUAACAGCAACGAGUUCAGAAGAUAUUUUGCACGGGCAGUGCAGUGACGGUGAAAAUCCUUCCAAUUGGCCACGUCCUUCACAACCAGAAACUGACUCUGCUUCUCUUGUCGAGUUUGCUACAGAAUAUCGUGCUGAUAAAGACGAUCUAGCAGCAAGAAAUUCCUCGCUUGAUAACAACAAAUUAUGUACUUUGAGAGAAGCUGAUGAGCCUUCAGGUGGAUCUUGCGUGUCUCCUAUUCGCCUGCUCUCGAGUCCCCCAAUGGGUUGUCCAGCUCCUGCGAAGGACGGGGACAAGCUUGGCAACCUCAACAACCUCGACUCCUCUGAAGACGAGACCGAGGACGAAGACCUGCCUGAUCUUGAGGAGCUUGCGGCAGCUUCGAGCACUUGUCGCUACCCAGUGCACCGCCUGGUGUGGGCGGGCUUGUCUCCUGACGCAGGCGACCGUCCUGCCGAGCAGCGGGUGUGGUGGCCCGCGUACGUGACCGCCUCGGACGCCUCCUCCGUCACCGUGCGCCUCGUCCAGCCGCCCCCGGGCCUGCAGCCUCAGGCAGUCCUGCCCCUAGACUGCCUCCAGGACUUCGCUUGUGACAGACUUGACGCCUUCCUCGAACAAGAGACGCCUGGCUUGUUCGACGCCUACAUCUGCACCAACAAAUUCAAGGAACUGCGCACUGUGCUCCACUCCUGCUCCCCUCAGGAGUUUUUUGAGCUCAAUAAUGCUGAACAAGAGCGCUUGUAUGCCUUCCACCUAAAGAAGACAUCCACCACACACCAGUGUUCUCGCGGUCGUAAGCGCCGUAAAGUGGAGCCAGAGAGCGAGUACAGAGACCCUUUGUUAGACGAAGAGCUGAGGGCGGAGUACCCGGACUUCGAACGCUGGGACACUCCUGAACCCGUCGAGCCAUCGUCCCCGCCUCUGCAGGUCAGCCGUUACAUUCCCAGUGAAAGUUUACAGACGCGUCUGCUUCUGAUUUGGAUUACCAGAAGCUGAGGCGACU